AAAGCACGACUAGAUACAGCUUCUAAAAUGCUUGCAAUAUCCUCCCUCCUGUUUGCCGGACUAUCCGUCUCGCUUAUCCCCGGGACUGCCCCGCAGUGUUGUCCACCCCUUCAGUUCCAGACCUACAUCGACACAUUAGAAUCUUUAUCAAAUGUCAGGGAUAAAAGAUUUCAAAAAUUUAUGUAUUCGUAUGAUGCUAAGUCUCGGAGAACAGCAACACAUGUCGUAGCUGAAUCAAAGGAAGACGAAUUCGACCAAAUAGACGAUUUUGCAGCUAAUAAAUCCUAUUCGUGGGCAAAAGGACAGUGCUGCGUUUCAGCGACGGGUCGCUAUAACCAAACAUGCAUCCCAGCUGGAGCCAAAUUAGUCAGGCGAUCGUUUAUGGGUGUAUCGCCUAACACAAUUAAGGUAGAUACGUACAUGUUCAUGGUGAGCGGUUUAACAAGACUCGUCACCGUGGGACCAAACUGUACCCCUGUAGAGUCUGCACAAAUCACCUCAAAGAUCCCCCAACCAGAUGGUCAGUUUAUGUGGAUUUUCUACAACAUGACAAUGGGAAUUAAAGAUGCUUCCAUCUUUACACCACCCAAAAUCUGUUUUAAAAAGGGAAUAAGAGUAGAGAGAAGACCGGAUGCUUUACCUCAUCUCAUGCCUUUUUAGGAGCAGAAAGUCAUCACCUCCCAGAAUUGACUACCAGAAAUGCGUUCUUGUUUUAAGUUAAUCGUUCUUCUCUAAUGAGAGACAGUCUUUAUAUGAUUGAAAAAUUCUCGAGUGGGACGUUAAACAACAUCCAAUUAAUCAAUUCAACGAGGGACAAGGAAAGUUGCUCUUCUUCAUGUAUAUAGUCCAUAUUCUUGUGUAUUUAAGUGAAAUUCUUUGAAUAUAUUUAUAAUUGCUCUCUGAUGUAUGUUCGUUUAAAUAAAUAACACAUUUA